AUGUCUCAGCAACAGAAGAGUGGUGGUUUGCUUGGUGGGCUCGGCGAUACUGUUGGCAAAACCGUGGGUGGACUCACUGGCACAGUUGGCAACACAGUCGCCGGACUAGGAAGCACCGUGGGCGGCGCGACAGAAGGGAUUGGCAAAACAGUGUCAUCUGCGACGGACGGUCUAGGGAACUCUACUAAGAGCGUUGGACAGGGCGUCUCGAAUGGCUUCCAGAGUAUUGGUGGAGAGGCACAAACUGCAGAUAACCCACUCGGUUUGAACCGAUCAUGA